UUGAAUUAAAAGCAAUUGAAUUAUUUUAAUAUAGGAUUUAGUAAAAAGUUGAUUAGAUCAAAAAAAGUCACGUUUUGGACACACGUUAUGAAAUCGGGUAUAUCAGCAUAAUCUGUUCAUUUUCGGUUCAUACUCACCCCCAACAUCCCCGCCAUAACCACCGAAAUGGCAUCCUACUCAACUCUUCACCCCUCCACCAGCAUCCCUCAUCCUGUUCCUAUUACAGCUUCGAAAUCCAAUCUUCGCCUUCUUCCCUGUGAUCCACUGACGGAUGGUCCAGCUAUCCUCACUCAACAAAUUGCCGCUUUCAGUAACCCUCAUGAACCAUUCUUUUUUGUCUUAUUUCCUGAAACGGAAGAAAGGGAAAAGGCAGUCAAAAGAUUGGUUGAUAAUUGGGUCGGAGAUGAGAGAGCGAAGUAUGUGAAGGUUGUUGAUGGGGAUGGGACCCUCAUAAGUGCAGCCAAAUGGCUCAUAAAUACAGAACCAUUGAGCGAAGAGCAGAAGAAAGAACGAAUUUCUGUUGACUGGCACGCUGAUCAAGACUCAAACGAAUGGGCUGAGUACCUAAUAAAUUGGAUUCAUCAACAUCAAAUUAGUCGAACGAGAGGCGAACCUUGCGUCAUCCUCGACAUCUUAACCACGCACCCCUCUUAUCAGCGUCUCGGUGCCGGUACGCUUCUAAUGCAAUAUGGUACCACCAUAGCCGAUUCCCUCGGUCUACCAGCGUAUAUCGAGGGGACAGUCAUUGCAAAACACUUAUAUGAAAGUCAUGGGUUUAAAGCAGUGCCGGAUAGGUAUAUUGAAGUUGAUGUGCCGGAGAAGUGGAGGGAGAGGCAGGAAAGGCCUAAGAUUGAGUUUUACUUUUAUGAGAGACCGAGGAAUGGGGGGAAGUCGUGAUCAGGAUAUUUGUGGGUGAGGGUCAAUAAGCGGUUAAUAAGAUGUGAAUCUAAGAAGUGAGUCUACAUUAGCAUACGGAUGAUAUGUGAAUGGGUAAAUCACGGGUUUGAUGAUUUUUGAAAAAUUUCAUCAACAUAUCUCGAUCAUUUCGCUCAACUUCCAAAGUAGUGGGACCUGUUAGCUGCAAUUAUGAUCUUGCUGGUUUAUUCACUGUACUCACACAUUCUUGAGAUAA